AUGUCGAUGGUUUUAUCUAACUCUUUGAUUGUGAAAGGGAAGUUUAUUACAAAUAAUGUUGAUUUUGGAUUGGCAAAUGUUUAUGCUCCGUGUGAUAAUAGAGGUCGUCAGGACUUAUGGCAUGCGCUUGGUGGUAUUCUUCAAAGGCAUAAUUCGAGUGCUUGGUGUGUUCUUGGUGAUUUCAACGCUAUUCGAUCUAAUGUAGAACGGAGAAGUCGGUCAGUGAACAAUAAUAAUGAUGAUUUUGCUCCUUUCAAUCAUUUUAUUGAUGGUAAUUUUCUUGUCGAUUUGCCUCUCUGUGGUCGCAAUUUUACUUGGUAUCGUGGAGAUGGUUUGUCAAUGAGCCGUCUAGACCGUUUUUUAUUAUCAGAAGCCUGGUUUUUGUUGUUUCCUAAUUGUAUUCAAUCAGCUCUUCCAAGGGGGCUGUUAGAUCGUUGUCUGAUCAUGCUAACAAUCGAUGAUCAAAAUUGGGGACCAAAACCUCUUAGAAUGCUGAAAUGUUGGUCAGAUAUUCAUGGGUAUUCUGAUUUUGUAAAAGAGAAAUGGCAAUCUUUUCAAGUACAUGGCUGGAGUGGCUUUAUUCUUAAGGAAAAAUUGAAGAGGUUGAAAGCGGAGUUGAGGAGUUGGCAUUUGAAUCACACUUCGAACCUUGAUAGCAAAAUUGGUGAAGAAAAAAAUCGGUCGGCGGAGUUAGAUGUGAUUGGGGAGAGCCGCGGUUUGGAGAGUGAGGAGGAGAUCGAGUUACCUUGUUUACCUGCAGAUAUCUUGGCUUUCUCAAAAUUACAAGCUAGUAUUAUGUGGCAGAAGUCGCGAGUCACCUGGUUCACAGAGGGAGUAUCUGAGAUUGAUUUGUUGAAUUUUUUUGCGGAGUUUUACCAUCACGGUAAGCUUACUAAAGGUCUCAACUCAACUUUUAAAGCACUAAUUCCAAAGGUUGAUAAUCCGCAACGGGUGGCUGAUUUCCGUCCAAUUUCUCUAGUGAGCAGUGUUUAUAAAAUUUUGUCCAAAGUGCUGGCUAACAGGUUGAGAAAUGUGGUCGGUAAUGUUGUUUCCACAACUCAGUCGGCAUUCAUUAAGGGUAGGCAAAUUUUGGAUGGCAUAUUGAUAGCAAAUGAGCUUGUUGAUGAUGCUAAAAAGUCUAAUAAAGAUCUUCUUCUUUUUAAAGUUGAUUUUGAGAAGGCAUAUGACUCGGUGGAUUGGGUACCUUGA